AUGGCCAUUAAGAGAACUCUUAGGAUUGGACCUUAUGGGUCUAACUAGGGACUUAAAGAAUUUAUAGAAAACAGCUCAUUUUUGCAGCAAAACAACGGUGAUAGGUAUAGCGAAUCCAAGGAAAAAAGUACGAAAGGGCUUAAUCUUUCCUUUUGUAUGAAAAGAGAUCUUAGUACAUUAAAUAAAUCCUUCAUUAUGGCAUCUUAAUAAAAUAAAAUGAAUGAUCUAUCUGGUUCAAAAUCUACGAAAUUCACUUCCUAAUACUAAGAUUAGGAAUUUGAUACAUUCAAGUCUAGAGGAAGAGUUUUGAGGAGUAUUUCAGGUACCAAUAAAAUGAGGGAACUGUUAAAUAAAAACUAAACUUUAGACUAAUCUAAUUCACAAUUUAUUAGAAAUAAAUAGAGGGAAAACCUCUAAUAUGAUAAAAAAUUUUCAAAAAAUAUGAAUUAAGCUAUAGAAAUUUAGGAAAAUAAUGGAUUGACUCAACUAAAUAGUAGUGGAAUUCAUUAAUCUUUACUCAACGAAUAGAAAGUUAUAUGCAUGAACUUGAACAAUUUCAGGCAUGUUUCAAAUGAUAAAACAGCUCAUCAAUACAUUAAGAGUCUUAGAAAUCCUGAGUCUUUUACUUUCAAUAAAAAAUUAACUAAAACGAUUACUCGUCCAUUUAGUAUUGAAAAUAAGUAUUAAUCUAACUACAUGAUUAAAAAUAAUAGAGACUUUAAGGUCCACCAUGAAAAACCUCAUGAACAUUUGCAUUUAGUAACUAAGAAAGUUGGUUAACCUUUUAACAUUAGCUAAGUAGACUUUGGCAUGCAUCUUAGGGAAUAUUAGAAAGAAAAUCAGUAAUAUAUUAUUAGAGAAAAAAGAUGGAAAAAUUCUCCUACAAGAAAUUUAUCUUUUCAUGAACACUAAAAUUUGAGCAGAAGCUUUCUAAAAACUGAAAAUAGCUUAGAUAAAUCUGGAAAUAAAGAACUUCAAUUUUGUUAAAAUGAAAAUGUCUCUUAUAUUGAUUAUCCUUCCUAUGAUGAGAAAAUUGUAAGAAAAAACUAUUCAUUGCUAAGAGAGUUGAAGAAAGAUAGAAGCUUCAGAAAGUAAGGUGAUUUAAGUUAAUCUAAUUUAAAAUGGGAAUUAUCCUUAAAGUCUUAUUAAAGAUAUGAGGAUCUAUUAGAAAAUGGAAGCCUUAAUAAAUCAUAUAUUUAAUGA